AUGAUCGGCCUGACGAGCAAGAAGAACCUGGCGGACUGGAAGGCGAACCUGCGCCUGCGCGAGGACGGCCAGUGGGCCGACUUCCAGGAGCUCGGGGUGCACGACAAGGAGCUCGUGAACCUUCCCGGCGGCCACGUGGGCAUCGACAUCUUCGACUACGACUUGGAGUCGUGCGAGGCGGAGCCCCUCUUCGAGAAGCCCCGCAUCCACGUCGAGAAAGUCGAGCCGGAGGUUUUCCUGGUCGCGGAGACGCUGCAGGUGACCAAGCCAGACUUCAGGGCCCAGGGCGGCGCCGAUCGGUGGGUCCAGGAUGCGACGAAAGAAAACUGUAACAAGGGGAUCUUCAAGAAGGGCACGCUCAAGCGGAUUGACAAGCUUAUGAAGGAGUAUGCGGUUAUAUUCGAUGUACUGCGGGAUAACAACGAGACGGUUCUCUGGGAGUUGUUCGCGAGGGAGGCUCGCUUUAUUCAUGUAGCUUCGAAGGGUGGUCACGCGAAUGCGACCCCCUCGGACCUAUCAGUUGGCAUGAACUUUAACGACCCUCGGACGCGAUCAGAUUUCCUGUUUUUGAUUAGGACCUUCAAGCCCUGGACGGUAUCGGUCGCAUUCCCGUGCGCCGCUCACACGAACAUGCAAGAGUUACAGCGUGCCCAGGGCAUGGGCGACAGGGUGGGCGACCUCAUCCAGGAGCUGCUGGUCGACUUUUCGGCGGAGGUGCUCAAGAUUCAGGCUCAGGGAGGACGGAUCGGCAUCGGCGAGAACCCUCUCACCAGUCGGGCGUGGCUUGAAGCCUCGAUCGUGGACCUGCUGAGCUGGCGCGGGAACCAGCCCCCACUCUACGAGACGGUCACGUUACACCAGUGCAUGCACGGGCUCGUGGACAACUACGGCGACCCGAUUCGCAAGCCGACGUGCAUGAUGGUGCCCAACGGCUCGUGCUUCUCUGGGCGGCUCGAGCGCAGGUGCGACGGGGGCCACCAGCGCGCCGACAUGGUCGGGCGUAGUGCGGCACUGGCACAAGCGGGCGCUUGGCCGGACGACCUGGGCAAGGCUCUGGUGGGCGCCGGCACGCGCGAGCUGGCACGACGGACAAGCCCGAAGGAGAUGGGCAUCGGUAGCGGCACGGCGAGGUCCACGAGCAAGCAGAUCGUGAAUGCAGUGGCCAAGGCGUUCAAGCUAAGGAAAGAUCUGAUCGACGUGCGCGCGUUGACGGAUGACGAGGAGGUCCCGCCCCCUCGCGGGGCAGUGCGGCGACUCUGCGCGAUGUACUCCAGCGAGGGCGCGCUGGCGGACUACAGCGACGCCUACGCGGGCGACCCGGGCUUCGGGACGAUCAAGCUGGUCAAGCGGCUCCCCACCGACACGGUGAUCGCAGUUUACGUGAAGGAACCGAAGGUGCAGACGUCCUUCCCUGCGACGGUGCACAUCUACGGGAGCAAGCCCAAGACCUUUGCUCCGGAUGAUCGUGAAGCUGACACGGCACAUCGAGACCUACAACAUGAGGGUAAGAGUUUCGGGGAUAAGCCUUCGGACGUCACCGCGGCCCAGUGGGGCGCUCUCAAGAAGCUCCACCUCAACCUGAGCCACCCCUCUGCUCACGCACUGAAGCGUCGGCUGAAGUCCUACGGAGCGUCGCAGCAAGUGCUGGAUGCAGUGGACAAGCCGGACUGCGGCGUGUGCAAGGACCUCGGCAGGCCGACUACGGUAAGAAGCUCUAACCUGAAGCUCUCGACGGAAUUCAAUGAGAACGUGUUCCUAGACGAAGCCGAGGUGAUUCUAGCAGACGGGACCCGACUGAUGGUCAUGAUGAUUCUGGACGACGCGUCGGGCUUCCGGGUGAUCAUCCUUACUACUGCAGUGAGGUCCAUCACAGGUGAAGAGAGCCUACGAUGCUUUUCGCAAGGCUGGUUAUCGUGGGCUGGACCACCCAAGGUGCUGUGCUACGACGCGGCAAAGGGUCACAUCACGAAGCGGUUCGCAGAGAUCGGAGAGAAGUAUGCCAUUCUGAUGAGGCCGGUCCCAGCAGAGGCGCACCAGCUCAAGGGUCGAGUGGAGCGCGCGAUCGACUUCUUCAAGGACCACUUUCAGCGCCUGAACCGCGACGUGCAGCGCACUAAGGACGACGAUCCGCAUUUAUGGACAUUGGUGAUAGCGAGCACGUGUAACAACCACAUUCGGAGGAACGGCUUCACCCCCUACCAAUACGUGCUGGGCAGGUCGCCUGGCAUCCCGGCCUCGCUGAUUGAGGCGAUGGAGGGCGACCGGAGGCAGCUGGCAUCACAGAGCGCGGCUCUCUUCGAGGAGGGCCCGAGGAGAGCAGAGCAGAUCCGUGCGGCGGCGAACCGGGCGUUCUUCGAGCUGGACAGCGAUGACGCCGUCAGGAGGGCCAUGGUUGGCCGAGUUCGUCCACCGCGUGGACCAUUCGUGCCGGGCCAGCUGGUGUUCUACUGGCGCGAGGUGAAGCACGUGAAGUCGAAGAGGCUCCAGGGCGAGCACGGUUGGCGUGGGCCAGCGAUUGUGUUGGCGACCGAAGGCCACACGAGGCUGCACCUCAGCUACCGCGGGGUGCCGGUGCUCGUGACGCCGGAGCAGGUGCGACACGCCUCCCGCAGCGAGGCGGACAUGGUGGAGAACGAGGACUUGGUCAGGCAGCUCUCCCACUGGCGUGGUGGACCUACACUACAGAAGGGAUUCAUCGACGAGCGUGGGCCUGGGCCAGAUGGGAACGACAAGACGGGCGUGCGCCGCGAGAGGGACGAGAAGGACUCGGACCACGAGGACGGCGUGACCGACACACCUACGGCAAAGGCACCGAGAACGUACCUGCACCUGGAGACCUACCUGAAGAAGUACCACCACUACCGGGAGGAGGACCGUCUCCUCCAGAGCAAGCUACAGUCCCACCUGCUGCGGCAGCUGGGCAGGGGCACUCCAUGGUCCUGGACGCUGUGGCUGCGCCAGGUAUUCCGCAUCAACAGCAACCAGAGCGAGCUGAGCAACCAGAACCUGCACCACGACUCAGCUACAAGCGAACGCUUCCUUUCUGUCCCGGAGGACCAGGAGUGGAAGGCGGCCUUCGACGCGAGCGACCUGGAGGAGUGGCGCAUGUGGGUCGAGUACGACGCAGUGGACUGGCCGACCGAGGAGGAGCUCGCGGGGGUGGACAAGACGGCGAUCCUGCCCAUGAGGCGCGUUCGCACGGACAAGAACGAGGCGACGAGGGGCAACCUGUCGUACGAGCAGCACCCGCUCAAGGCGAAGUCCCGGAACAUCGUUCCGGGAUACAAGGACAAGCAGCUGCUCGCUGGCGAGUUGCAGACCAACGCCCCCGCUCGGACGGACACGGCCACGGCGGUAACCCUGCAGGAGGCCGCUAGCCAGGUGGGCUGGAGGCUGGAACUGGGCGACGUCGACUCGGCAUUUCUGAAAGGGAAAUACCUUGACAGCUCUCGAGCGUCGAGAUCAAAGUUGUGCCCGGCUCUCUUCAUCUUCCACGACGAGAAUGAGAAGCUGUUCGGUCUGAUCGGGACGCACGUGGAUGACGACUUGGUAGCGGGCUCGCCCGAGUUCUUCGCUAACCAGGUGACCAAGCUGAGGAAGACGCACUGCCGCGGCAAGUGGCAGACGGCGAAGACCGGUUUCCACCACUGCGGGAGAUUCCUCAAGCAGAGAGACGACGGUACCAUCACCUGCAGCCAGAGGGAGUACACCGAGAGCAUCGAGAAGAUUCCGAUCUCAAACGAGCGUCGCAAGGACAAGGAAGCGAAGGCUACACCCGAGGAGAGAGCGAUGCUCCACAGCGGCAACGGCCAGAUCCAGUGGCUGGUGCGAUCUACCCGGAUGGACUUGGCAUUCCGACUGGUGGAGAGUCAAGCGAGGGCCCACGACAGCGACCUGAAGGUUCAGGAUCUGCUGGACUUCAACAAGCUGGUGAGCGAUGCCAAGACGGACCACGUGGACAUCACUUUCCAGAAGAUCAACAUAGACGACGCGAUCGUGGUGGCGCUUGGAGACUCGAGCCACGGCAACGUGGGCAAGACGACCGCGAGUCAGGCGGGCCUGGUCAUCCUGCUAGCAGACAAGAAGGACGAUCAGUUUCUCCGCGGGAUGCCUGCCAAGGUCACUCCCAUGUUGUGGCGGUCGCACCGUAUCAAGCGGGUUGUGCGCAGUACCCUGGCGGCCGAGACGAUGGCGGCGCUGGAGGCGGUCGAGAGUGGCGACAUGCUGAGGCAGCACCUGGUGGAGCUGCACUAUGGACUCGGCCACCGGGCCCACAUGGACGAUGUGAAGGCGAUCAUGAUGGUGGAAGUCACGGACUGUAAGUCGCUGUGCGACCUGCUCCAGAAGCGAGGGACGGUGCCCUCCGAGAAGCGACUGCUGAUCGAUAUCGAAUCGCUCAGGAAGGACCUGGAGUUCAACAACGUGGUGAGCAAGUGGGUGAGCACGAAGCAAAUGCUCGCCGACUGCCUAACCAAGCGCGAUGUCCGCGCUGGCGACUACAUGAGGUAUGUGCUCCAGACUGGCGAGUACCAGUUGACGGAGGAUCUCAUGGCGGACCAGGUCAUCGCCAAGCAGAGGCUGGAGCUCAAGGGACGCAGGGGUGAAUACUACCGCUCGAAGUAUCCCAAGAGGCAGCGGCCUGCUGACCAGCUCUUCGUUCACGAGGGCUACACCUACUUCGAGGAGUGCAUUGCGGAUGUGAGGUGCAAUGCGCGCGUGGCUCAGCCUGCUCCGAAGCCAUGCCUCCGUUGGCGGAUGAUGCUUGGACAGCGCGAGGAAGACAUCUACUACGAGAAGCUCGAGGACAUGGUUGACUGGUCUGGAUUAGACCAGGUGUCAAAGCGUCGGAGGAUCCCGACCCAGGUGCGGAAACUGUUGACGAUCUACGCACCGACCAAGGCGGCCCUCGAGCGCUACGAGAAGGACUUCACGGAGAAGCACACCAUCAAGAAGCCGAAGGUGACGACCGAUGACGACCCCAAGGAGGAACCAGGUGUCACCGAGGAGCUUGGCGCGCACGUCGAGUCAGACGGGAACGUGAAGGAGGAUAACACCGACGUUGCGGAGAUCUACAUGAUGGACGCUGCGGGUGCCGAGUCCGAGGAGAUCAAGUCAGGCGCCGCUGCAGCGGCAACGGUGACGGCUCGCGCGCUACACGAGAGAACCGGACACUCAUCGCACGAGAAGAUCGCGGACGAGUUCGGCGACGCGAUCGAGGAAGGUGUUCUCGAGGCGUACGAGCUGGUGGUCAAGAACUGUGACGAGUGUCGACGAGGAAAGAAGACCGACGCCUCUGUGCAGCGGGGAGCCAAGAGCAGCGAGCAUGAGACGCACGAGUCCACGAGCAAGGCCAAGGGCAAGCCCAAGGGCAAGCAGACGGCCCGAGAACGCAUAGGCGACUGCGAGCACAACGUGACGACUUCACAAGGAAGCAACCAGUACAAGGACAAGCUCCGGUGCCUGCAGUGCGGCACGCUGCUGGUGGACACGGACACGACGUGGUGGAAGCGAGAGAAGGAGUACCGCGAGAUCGAGAAGACCUUGCGGACCAGCAAGGAGAAGGAGAUCGAAGCCGAGAUGAAGGCCAUCCGCCUCCGUGACAUGUACGAGAG